GUGUUCAUUUCCACUGUUCCACUUUUAACGCGUAUAAUGGAAAUGCAGAAUUCCACCAUCUGGCAACGACGCAGGAACCGCGUGGAUCUCCUUGAUCUUUUUCCUAUUGGUUACGACUUGACUUAACUUUUAUUUAAGUACCCAGUACUAAAAUUUUUUAAGCAACAAUAAUGCCCGAUGUAUUGCAGCGUUUAGUUUCCAUUGGAAGUAGAAAGGCAACAGAUCCCAUAGAUCGGUACCUGGAGCGACGUCAACUCUUCCGGAAGCAUAUGAUAGUGGAUGCCUCGAGUCUGUUUCGAGUGGUCGCGGAGCAGGUGUACGACACCCAGAUGCUUCAUUACGAAGUGAGGAUGGAGUGCGUUCGCUACAUGUUCGCGAAAUGGAAGACUUACCGGCGAUUUGUGAGUGGAGACUUCGACGAGUACCUGUGGCAGCUGGGCAAGACCAAGACAGCGGGCACCGUACUGGAACUGGGUGCCCUAUGCCACCUGUACCGCCGGAAUGUCAUCAUCUACGAACCCUUCGAUAUGGGCCGGAUGAUCACAUACAGCAUGGACUAUAAGGAGACCCUACGUAUCUUUAUGAACGGCCUGGGGCAUUUUGAAUCCGUGCUGACUAUGCAGGACGUCGAUGUGGGCGCCGUUUCGCAGUCCGUGUCCUUCAAGAUGCUUUACAAGCACGUGUUCCGCCUGCCGGAUGUUAAUCUCGCUGUGGAAUGGAUGCUGUAUCCAAAUACCUUCAAAAUGGGCAUUAGCUAUGAGUUCGACUCGCACGGCCGUGCCAUCCGUUUGCUGUGCCGCAACGGACGGAGCUUCGAGCUGGAUCGCCCUGAGAACACCAUUUGCUUGCUUGAAAACUCCCAGAAAUGCCCGUUUCAUAGCCGCGGACAGUUUGACAACUUGUCCUGCAUGCGGAUCCUUCUGGAGCACGGCAAGAAGCCCUUCCCCUAUUCGGUAGCUAAGUCAAUGCAUCCCUAUAUGUAUCGCAACGUUGAGCUGACUAGCGCGAUUGAAGCUCGUCGUGAAGCGUAUCAAUUUGGUAUUUACAUGGGCGACUACAACUUCAAGGUGGGAGCCAAGUGCCAGGUGGAGUUGGACACCAAUAGACGCGAUCGGCUUAGCGUUUGUUACAUCCAAUCGAUCGAUAAGAAGAAGUCCGUUUGUCAAGUGUUUGUCGAGGAGCAGGGAAAACUUUUUGACGUGCCCUACGAUAAUCUACAUCCACUGCCACCGGAUGAAUUCAAGGUCUGGGAUUUUGCUCAAAAGCGGCUUUCCAUGAGCCGAAUGGAGAGGCAGUUUUCUCAGAUGGGAAUCACAUCGCGUCCACAUUCAUGUCAGUCAGAUCCACGUCAAAACUUCAGAUCGGGUAGACAAAGUUCUGAAACUAGAUUGGAAAAUGUCCAGUCGGUACCAGUCGGUGAUGAUCACCUUCAACAAGGAUUCGUCCCAGACCCGAUGCCUGGAAUGGCUCCCCCAAUGCCACCACCACCGCUGGCCGUUCCUCGUCCCGUUGACGUAAGAGCACAGCCACCUUUUUUCGGGCCUUCUGCAUGGAUGGAACCCACCCAGCCGUUGAUGCCUAACUAUUUGAUGAUUCGUCAGACAACAUUCGUUCAACAAACACAAGUUGGUCCGCCGUCGAUCAUGAUGCAGUUUUUAACGGUUGAACACAACACGUUUGAGUUCGGUUAUGGCCCCCACCCGCCUGCCCCACAGUUCAACUUAUUUUAAUAUAUUUUUUUCCUGUUUAAACUUAACAUGUUUAGCAUGUCGAAAAUCAGAAUAAAACGUGUUUAUACCCAUAGAAAUAUUAAUACGUUUAUCAUUUGCAGAUCUUUAUAUAUUUAUUCAGAUAUAUAUAGUUUACAAUUGUUAUUUAAUUCUAGCCUAAUAAUAUUUACCAUUAAAGUUUUAAACUUUCAACGAAACUU